AUGGCGGGGGUGUUAUUUGAAGAUAUUUUCAACGUUAAGGAUAUCGAUCCUGAAGGAAAGAAAUUCGACAGAGGUGGGUACUGCUUUUAUCGCAAUAGCACUAUUAUAAUAUACUCGUACUUACACGUUGUGUGGCUGCAGCUCUCUCGACCUAAAGUGAGUGCAGAGUCAGCUGCCUUGUGGGAGUCUGCUCUACAAGCGAUGCAUUCUUGAUACUGACGUCACGUUGGGCGAUUGGAGCGCUGUGCUUUGCGCAUACUCCACGAUCUCUCUUUCUCUCUCAGAUGCAGGUAUUUCACAACGGCAAAGUUUCUGUU